ACAGCCGUCGCCGCAGCUGUGUGGGUCCCGCGCCGGUACGCAGACGAAAGGCUCUUUUUCUUUGCUGAAAGUUCCCUCGGGAAAGCUACCAUCUCCCCAGCCCACCAUGGCAGAUGAAAUUGAUUUCACUACUGGAGACGCUGGGGCGUCAAGCACCUAUCCUAUGCAGUGCUCGGCCCUGCGCAAAAACGGCUUCGUGGUGCUCAAAGGACGACCGUGCAAAAUAGUAGAGAUGUCAACUUCCAAAACUGGAAAGCACGGCCAUGCCAAGGUUCACCUUGUUAGAAUUGAUAUUUUCACGGGCAAAAAAUAUGAAGAUAUUUGCCCUUCUACUCACAACAUGGAUGUUCCAAAUAUUAAGAGAAAUGAUUAUCAACUGAUAUGCAUUCAGGAUGGUUACCUUUCCCUGCUGACAGAAACUGGUGAAGUUCGUGAGGAUCUUAAGCUGCCAGAAGGUGAACUAGGCAAAGAAAUAGAAGGAAAAUACAAUGCAGGUGAAGACGUACAGGUGUCUGUCAUGUGUGCCAUGAGUGAAGAGUAUGCCGUAGCCAUAAAGCCGUGCAAAUAGACGGGAACGUCGGGCGUGAGCAAACUGCUUAGGUCUGGGUCACCUGCAGAUCUCAAGUGUGGUUCUAAGUCGUCACCAAAGCAAUGGCCUUCAUAAGCAACCUCAUUUAUCUUUUCAUUGUUUUGAAAUUGUGCUGAGUUAGUUUUGCUGACAGUUGGUAAUUUAAAAGAAUAAUCAAGGUGUAUAAUUUUUUUAAAUCAGUUUGUAGGUAUUUUUCCUGUAACAUUCCUGUGAUUUUUCAGUAUGUGAGUCCAAGAAACAGACAAGGUAGUUUCAAUAGAUGUGAUUUGUCCAAGCAAUCAUUCCUGAAUUUUAGUUAAAUGAUAAAUAAACCAGGGUUUUCAAUCAAACAAUGUAGCAUCUAGUGGUAUUAAAGUACCACACUUAAGUUGGAUUGCUCUGCAUUAAUUUCAGAUGUAAUAUCACAGAGUAAGUAGAUUAUGGAUUGGAACUGUCUCAGUUUCAGCCUGUGUGUGGCAAGCACAAAUUCUUAAACAAAAA